AUGAAGAUCCAUGUGCUAUCGGUCAAGCUAAGGGACGGACAGCACGAUCACAUUUGUGGUCAGAUCGAAGCCAAUGGAGAUCAAGUGGUGCAUUCACCUCAUGAAGCGGACCUGAUCGUCACUGCGUUGAAGAGUGCCGAGCGCAUUACAAGACAUGUGCCGGAGCAACUGGAAUGCAAGAUUGGCCAUAUUGACUGGGUUUUGAAAUAUGGAAUGGCCAAAGAAUGUCUUGAUGCUUGUUGUAUCCAAUUACCAGAGGCGAAAAGGCGUAAAUUGGAGGUUGCGUCGAAAUCACCACCUUCCGAGGAUGAAGAAAAGGUGGCGAGCGUUCCAAGGCAGAUCCGGUCGUGGGAUGAGAUAAAGGAUCUAUAUUCGCAACGUUGUCAAGGUCCCGUGAAAAGGAGUAUGAUCAUGUCGGGCUAUUCAAGGAAAAAGACCGUAUCAAUCAAAAAAGAAGAAAGCUACCAAACGACAACAUCCCAAUCUUCGUUUGAUGCCAGCAAUUUUCGCUCAUCGUCCUUCCAAUUCACCACCGAUGAUGGGACAUCGGAUGAAGAUGAAGAUGAAAAUGACCCUCGAUAUCUUCCAUUCAUUUACGAGGAUCAAGAGGAGGGAGAUAAUCUUACAACGUUUGGGCGUUAUGCAUGUCAACGACCAUCCAACUGGAAUCCGUACAAUCGUGAAAUUAUCGCUUUAUUCGAGUUUCUUGAACAUGCCAGAGAACUACAAGGCGAUACGAUGAAUGCUCGAAGCUACAGGAUUGCGGCCUCUGUCAUCAAGGCAUACCCAAGGAAAAUCAAGUCAGCGGCACAAGUUCAAAAAUUAAGGGGCAUUGGCAAAAAGACAGGAAGGAUUAUCGCUGAUUACCUACGUGAUGGUAAAGUGGAAGAUGUCGAUGAGCUCAAGAAUGACAAAGACUUUCAAGUGCUCGAGACUUUUUAUCACAUCCAUGGUGUUGGUGCUGCUACUGCAAGGGAAUGGCUCGCCAAGGGUUAUCGAUCACUGGAUGAUAUUCGAGAAAAGGAAGGGGAUCAGCUUUGUCGAGAUGUAAAGAUGGGCCUCAAGUACUAUGAGGAUUUUCGGAAAAAGAUCCCGCGAGCCACUGUGGAAGCGAUUGCAAAGAUGGUCAAUGACAUACUUGAUAAGCAUUUCCCAGGUUCCACCAUGACCAUAUGUGGUAGCUACAGACGUGGCAAGCUAGAGUCGGGGGAUGUUGACCUCGUUAUUACUCAUCAAGAUCAAGCAGUAUCUGGUUCGAUGCUCGUCAAGCUACUUGACAUUUUGAAGCAAAAAGAAUACGUGGUCGAUGUUUUAUCGAUGGGAUCACAUUGCCAGUUAAGAGAACCUGAUAUGCCACAUACAAAGCCUGAUCAAGCCCAUUGUGUUUGGCGGCAUGCUGACGACAAUGUAUUUCGUCGAGUCGAUUUCGUGGUUGUACCUUACAAUGAUUAUCCCAUAUCAAUUCUCAAUUGGACCGGAUCAUCUCAUUUUGAACGCAGUGUGCGAUUAUACGCCAAGCAGGUGAUGAGUAUCAAGGUGUCCUCACACGGUCUUUAUUCACAAACCACGGGAAGAAAAUUGGCUGUUGCAAGCGAACGUCAUGCCUUUGAAAUGCUAGGAUUACGUUGGCUGGAGCCUGAAGAACGAGAUUGCUAG